AUGACCUAUCAUCUCUACGUCUGCGGCUCCAACGGAAGCUUCCAGCUCGGGCUCGACGACGAUGAGGACCGCCACCGGCUUGAAUGUGCGCAAUUCCAAACGGAAAUAGGCCGCACGGUAGACCUAGACAUUAGGCCCAUUAAAGUUGCCUGCGGCGGAAACCACACGCUCGUGCUUCUGGAGAACGGACAGGUUUACGGGGCUGGCUCAAGCCGUUAUGGACAGCUGGCCUGUUUCCAAGAAUCCUUGCCGAUUUUUCAAAAGCUUGAUCUCCCGUUCAAGAUCAAAGACGUGGUAGCUGGCUGGAAUUACACCGUUUUUAUUUCAGCAUAUGACGAGGUAUAUACUUGCGGACAGGGCCUUACAGGCGAGCUGGGACUCGGAAAAACUCAUCUUCAGUCUCUACCCGCCAAAAUAGAGCUGCCAGACAACGGCCGCAUUGUCAAGGCGGGGUCAUCGCUCCAUAACGUUGUCCUUCAGUUUGAGAACGGAGAGCUCUAUGGCUUUGGAAAUAAUAAAAAAGGCCAGCUGCUCGACGGACCGAAAGUGCUGUGGACACCCACAAGGCUUCCUAUACGCGCUCGCGAUUUUGCGCUGGCGCGAGAUUUCGCUGUGUUUUCCAGCGACGGGCGACUGCUGCUCCAAGGCAAAGACCAGUACGGAAUAGCAGAACGGCUCCAGACUGUUGGCCAAAUAGACCGCAUUUGGGCCAUGUGGAGCUCUGUGCAUCUUCUUUCUGGCCGGCAGCUUGUCUCGUACGGGAACAACUCGCACGGCCAGCUGGUUCUGCCCACUACAAUCGGCACGCCCGUAAAGAUUGCCAUUGGAAGCGAACACGGUCUUUUGGCUGAAAAAUUCAGAGUAUUCGCCUGGGGAUGGGGAGAGCACGGGAACUGUGGCCAACACCAGAAAGAAAAAACAGGCGUCACGUUCGACUACAUGAACGAGAUCUACACCGAACAACAUGUCGUCGUGGAUGUCUUUGCCGGCUGCGCAACGACGUGGGUGGUUGUCCGGUGCAGCGAGAAUGUGUAG